CCGCGCGCGCGCUCCCGGGACCCCGCCGCGGCCAUGGCCCCCGCCCAGCUCGCCCUGUUUAGUGUGUCCGACAAAACUGGCCUUGUGGAAUUUGCCAGAACCCUCUCGUCCCUGGGUUUGAAUCUGGUCGCUUCUGGAGGGACCGCGAAAGCCCUCAGGGAUGCUGGCCUGGCAGUCAGAGAUGUGUCUGAGCUAACGGGGUUUCCUGAAAUGUUAGGCGGGCGUGUGAAAACCCUGCAUCCUGCAGUGCAUGCCGGAAUCUUGGCCCGCAAUAUCCCAGAAGACAGUGCUGAUAUGGCCAGACUUGAUUUCAGUCUUAUAAGAGUUGUGGCCUGUAAUCUGUAUCCCUUUGUGAAGACCGUGGCUUCUCCAGAUGUAACUGUUGAAAAGGCUGUUGAGCAAAUUGAUAUUGGUGGAGUAACCUUACUGAGAGCCGCAGCCAAGAACCAUGCUCGUGUGACAGUCGUAUGCGAACCAGAAGACUAUGUGGCAGUAUCCAAAGAGAUGCAGAACUCUGACCGGAAGGACACAUCCUUGGAGACCAGACGCCAGUUAGCCUUGAAGGCUUUUACUCACACGGCGCAGUAUGAUGCAGCCAUCUCAGAUUACUUCCGGAAACAGUACAGCAAAGGGAUCUCUCAGAUGCCCCUGAGGUACGGCAUGAACCCUCAUCAGACUCCUGCCCAGCUGUACACUCUGAAGCCUAAGCUGCCCCUCACAGUUCUCAACGGAGCCCCGGGGUUCAUCAACCUGUGUGAUGCUCUGAAUGCCUGGCAGCUGGUGAAGGAGCUCAAAGAAGCUUUAGACAUUCCAGCCGCUGCUUCUUUCAAACAUGUCAGCCCAGCAGGAGCUGCAGUUGGAACUCCACUCAGCGAGGAUGAGGCCAAAGUGUGCAUGGUCUAUGACCUCUAUUCCACCCUCACACCUAUAGCCACUGCGUAUGCCAGAGCGAGAGGAGCUGAUCGGAUGUCUUCAUUUGGUGACUUUGUUGCAUUAUCUGAUGUUUGUGAUGUCCCGACUGCAAAAAUAAUCUCCAGAGAAGUGUCCGAUGGCAUCAUUGCACCAGGAUAUGAAGAAGAAGCUGUAAAAAUACUUUCUAAAAAGAAAAGUGGGAACUACUGUGUUCUUCAGAUGGACCAGUCCUACAAACCAGAUGAAAAUGAAGUUCGAACACUCUUUGGCCUUCAUUUAAGCCAGCAGAGAAAUAAUGGUGUCAUUGACAAGUCACUGUUUGGCAAUGUUGUUACCCAAAAUAAAAAGCUGCCGGAGUCUGCGCUCAGAGAUCUCAUCGUAGCCACCGUGGCUGUCAAGUAUACCCAGUCGAACUCCGUGUGCUACGCCAAGAACGGGCAGGUUAUUGGUAUCGGAGCAGGACAGCAGUCUCGGAUACACUGCACACGUCUUGCAGGAGAUAAGGCCAACUACUGGUGGCUUAGACACCAUCCAAAAGUGCUUUCCAUGAAGUUCAAAGCUGGGGUGAAGAGAGCAGAGAUCUCCAACGCCAUCGAUCAGUAUGUGACUGGCACCAUUGGUGAGGGAGAAGAUCUGAUGAAGUGGAAGGCACUCUUUGAGGAAGUCCCUGAGCUGCUGACAGAGGCACAGAAGAAGGAAUGGGUUGACAAACUAAGCGAGGUCUCUGUCAGCUCUGACGCCUUCUUUCCUUUCAGAGACAAUGUUGACAGAGCUAAACGGAGCGGCGUGGCCUAUAUUGCAGCUCCUUCUGGUUCCACUGCUGACAAGGUUGUGAUUGAGGCUUGCGAUGAGCUGGGGAUAGUCCUGGCUCACACAGACCUCCGGCUGUUCCACCACUGAUCUGACUGCACCUCAUUUCACAGUUGGCAGAUGCGUAGGUGAUUAAUCACGUGUGACAUUUUGAAAGUACCUUUAAAAAAAUAAUAAAGCAUUUACCUCUUAAUAAA